GUAAACUUUACAGUAUCUGUUGAGUUGAUUUAUUGAAUUAAUAGAGAGGGCGCCACCAUCCUCUUCAUCACCAUCAUAUCAUAUGGGUUCACAAAGGGGCGGUAGAGACUGACUAAUGUACAUUUAUGACAGGUGUCACCACUGAAUGUGCUUUACAUUUCACUCAUGAACCAUCCUUGGGAAAACAAACCUUUGAUGAUAGGUUAUUAGUAUUGCUUUCAGUGAAACUGGAUGGAAGUCGCGGAAUAUGCGCGUUCACAAUAAUGCCUGCAAAAGACCCGCUUAUCGAAACACUUAAAGUGUGCAUUCUGAAUUUAAAAUCGGAAGGCACUGUGUCUGACUCCAACCCACACCUGGCAUCCUGCUGUGAGCUCCUGGAACUGAUACUGCGAAAGGGACUACAGCAGCCUGUUCUCAGUUUGGCACAUAGAGAUUACUGGCAUUGUUUUGAACAGCUUCUACACCAUGAUGCGUGUGGCAGGUUGAGUUCAGUUUCUUUGGCUGUGCAGCAGACCACAGCCUGCAGCAAGCUCAUCACCUCUCAAGGCCGAGGACGCUUCUUCAUACGGCUCAUGCUGAUGAGGAGAACCCUGGGAAAUGUCAUAAAACACCUGCUGCACACAAACAGAGUCAUCGAGUGGUAUUGCCCUAAUGUUGCUAUUCUGAGAAAUGAGGAGUUUGUUGAACCAUUUCUUUCACUGUCUAUGGUGCUGUCAGAAAUGAACUUUAAGAUCAGUAUUGAGAACUGCAGCUUCUUGGAUGAAAGCUGGCUGCUUCCGGUGUGUCAAAUCUAUGAAGCUGUUCCCUGUCGAGAGCUGGGGAUGGUGCUCAGGUACCUAGAUGGACGCGUCUUUGUACUGGACCUGCUUCAGGGUAGUCAAGCUCAGGUGGAUAUGUUUGCCGAGCCUGGUGACAUCAUUGAUGAAAUGAAUGGGAUAUCACUGAGGAAUGCUAGCAAUGGGCAGGCAGGUGUGGUUCUGUCUAAGCUGAAGGGUCAGCCCCUUUCCAUUCACUUGAUACGUUGGAGAGGAGAAGAUGGGUCUAUCUAUCAGCCACUGGUCAAACACUUACGGCAGCUCAAACAGGAAAAACCCUCACUUCAGUUUGGCCCAAAACCAGCCUCUCAGCAGGACAGAGCUUCGGGUCAGAAGAGAGGCCAGACGCAGUGUGUGAAAGACGGCAGGAUCCUGUACGGCGUGCACCUCUUAGGAAAAGCAAACAUAGGAAUGUAUGGAGGUAAGGAGGUCCUGCAGCAUGCCAUUCCGGUGGUUCUGGAGAGCAGUCAGGCAAGAAAGGAAGUGCUGCUGGAUGUAAAGGAGACUCAUCUUACCUGCAUAGAUAAGUCCAAUAAGCAGGAGCUGUUUCAACAUCAUUUCCCUGAGAUAUCAUGUGUUGGGAGGUUUGGAAGCCAACCUGAUUUAACCAUUUUUGCUUUUUGUGUACUAGAUUCACCGCAAGCAGGCAAACAGUCAGGCUUCUGUUGUGUGGUCCUGCAGGCUGCCACAAGCAGUGAGUGUGAAGAGAUUGUUAACCGUAUAGCCGCUGGGUUCAAACAUACAGAAUGGUUUGUAUGAAAAUUCAGAUCUUGAGUGGACUGGACAUCUUCUGAAGUGUGCAUCAGGUGUUUUUGAGCACAAUACCUAUAUUGCAUUGUUAUAUAUUCUAUAUAUUAACAAUAUAGCUUAACCUAUA